AAGACUUCUUACUAGGAAAAACAAAAAGAAAAUGACUCCUGACACAUAGCCUGUAUAAUUAUUCAUAAGUACCAUAUCUUCACAUUCUACAUGGAUUUUAAUUUGGGAGCUGAAAAAAUAUUACUUAGUUGCAUUUAAAGAUGCCUAGACGUGAUGAUAUUACCAGCUUUCUGCAGCAGUCAGUGUCACCUUUUGACCAACGUGUGGUGUCUAAAUUCCUGAAGAUCAGGCCAAAGAUUCUGGGGGUUUUGGAAAUAUCAAUAGGUAUAACGAUGUUAAUCUUAGCAAUCUGGACAGGAUUUUUAUAUCUCCUCUGGUCAUGUUUAAUUUCAAUUUUUACCGGAUCUGUGACGGUGUCAGCUGCAUGUACACGUAACACAUGUUGGGUCAGAUUCUCACAAUUUCUAAACUGUUUCAAUGCCAUAGCAGCUGCUAUCUCCAUCCCAUUUCACUGUCUUGACAGUGAUGGUGUGACUCUAAUUCUCUUGGUUUUCUGUGAUGCUCUGGUCUUCAUCAUCUCUGUUAUAGUUGCAUCGUCUUCCUGUGAUUGCUGCAGGAUGAAGUCAAGACAUGUUGCAGUCAGUUACAUAAUCCGAGAUGUGCCUUAUAUGACUGACAACAAUAUUGUGCAACCGGGCCCUUUUGCACCUGAUCUGAGUCCUUUAGAGCAUCAACCAAAAUACCUUCCAAGUCCUCUUGCACCUCCACCAAAUUACCAUCCAGCAAACUACAACCCAAGUUCUUCAGCACAGCCACCAAACGACCAUCCAAGUCCUUCUGCACCUCCCCCAAUCUAUGAUCAAAGUCCUUCAGUACCUCCACCAAUCUAUGAUCAAAGUCCUUCAGUACCUCCACCAAACUAUGAUCAAAGUGCUUCAGUACCUCCACCAAACUAUGAUCAAAGUCCUUCAGUACCUCCACCAAACUAUGAUCAAAGUCCUUCAGUACCUCCACCAAACUAUGAUCAAAGUCCUUCAGUACCUCCACCAAACUAUGAUCAAAGUCCUUCAGUACCUCCACCGAACUAUGAUGCAAGUCCUCCACCAAGCUACAAUCCAUGUCCUUCUGCACCUUCAGUGAACUAUUAGGUGCAGACAUGUUCUGUCCACUGGAGUUUUUAAUUUUGAUGGCAAGUGCAGCUUGGUUUGGUUGGGGUGCUGCUGUUUGUGAUGGUGUGCGGGCAUUAUCCAGAUGAGAAAGACCUGCACAGGAUCAGUAAGAACGACUGGUCUGACCCUGACCUGUCACAAGG